AUGAGAUGGCCGUUCUAUUUCCUUUCCAGCCUCAGUCUCGUCGCCGGCAUUUUUGCAACAGCUCGCACAUACGAGAUCUCCCAAGUCGACAGUGGCGUGUAUACUUUUGAUACAUUCUGCGCUCAACUUCUCGCGAUCCUCGAGCAAAACAUCGGCAUUGUAGCUGCCAACGUUCUACCCAUGGGGCCGCUCUUCUCAUCCCGAGCCCGCCGUCUCGACCGCUCGCCACGCCUCCUAAGCCGAACAGGGUCCAACGGCGCCCGCAGCGCUCGCUACAGCACAGACGACUCGUCGUCAUCCAUCAACAUGAAACGGUCCUCGAUGCUCGUCAUUGAGGGCCCGCGGCGCGUCAGCUUCGAUGAGCGCUCUACUGGCCAAGGCUGGCAAGGCAGCACAGACAACGCCCGGAGCCCUAGCCGCGGCAGCAACCGCAGCUCGACGGAGUGGCCGAAGGGCAUCAUCAAGACGGUCAGCGUGCACGUCGUCGAGGAGGACAUCACCGACUACGAGCGGGAGCUGGCAGCCUCCAGGGCAAGCGGCCACACGGUUGAGAUGGAUUGGGAGGCGAUGCUGCGGAGCGGGCCGGCUCGGUAA